AUGGGAAAACGAAAAAUUGUGCGCAAAAAAGUUGUGGCAAAGAAGAAGAAGGAAGAGCUGGUGGAAGAUGAGGAGACAGAGGAAGCAGUGAGUUGAUUUUUGGGCCGGGAAGAAAUCUAGAAAGCCUGGAAGGCCUUGAAGAUUUUCUAGAAGUUUGAACAGCAUUUUAGAAGGUCUAGAAGAGCCUAUGAUGUUUUCAGAAGCAUCUGAAAGAUCUGAAAAUCUCCCUGGACUUUAUGGAACUUCAGACAGAAAUUUUGAAAUUCUAAAAAGUUUUCUGAAUUUUUUAAAAGCUUGGAAAAUUUUCCAGAAAUUCAGAAAGAUUUUCAGAAAUUCCAAGUGCCUCCCAGAAGUUCUGAAAUCCCAGGCAAAGUUCUAAAAGCACAUUAGAUUCUGUAGAAGUCCAGACAAAAGUUCUAGAAGGGUUCCAGAGUUUUCAAUGAGCUCUAGAAAUCUCAGAAGCCUCCCAGAAAUUCUCAAAUUCCUGGGGAAGUUCUGAAAAGCCAAAACUUUUUGGAUCUAUCUAGAAGAUGAUUCUGUAGAACUCCAGAACAUCUAGAAUGCUCCUGAACUCUUUCAAGAAUCUCAAAUUUUCCAUUUUCUCUUCCAGACCUACAGCAGUCUUCCAACCGAGAUAAAAAUGGUAAUCAUCAACAUGCUUGGCGCUGAUGGUAGAUCAAAUAUGUCGCGAGUCUCAAAAUUAUCCGAAGCCCUUUGCAAAAUGUCACCUUACUUUCUACAAAGUCUACAUUUCAGAAUUCACAAAAAACAGCCGAAAAUCUGUGUUGCACAUGAAAUGGGCCGCAAAGAUUAUGAGCUGAUUUUCAGGAAUAAGACUAUGACGUGGUGAGCUUGAGAAAAAAAAUGGAUUUUGGCUAACUCAAUGAUUUUCAGCAAGAAAUUCAUCGAUGAAUUAUGGCGGGAAAAAGUGGGCGACACUGGAAAAACAACAAUUGAAAAUGCUUGUGAGCAUUUCGCAAAAAUGGUGCAUCAACAUCAGAAAACGAUUCGUGAACUUCAUAUUCAUCCGGAAAAUUCGCGAAGCUUGUCAUUCCCAACUGAUACAAAACUCGAAAGAUUGGAAAAUCUAAAAAUCACGAUUGAAGAUGGUUUUGAUUAUCGACCAGUUUUUGAGAUUCUUGAGAAGCCUUUGAAAAAUCUGACGAUUUGUGAAGGAAAUGGUUCAGAGGAGAGUCGGAAUCGUUUUAUGGAAAUUGAACAGGUUCGAAUAAGCUCUGAGCUCUGAUUCUAUUUUUAUUUCAGAUCUAUCAAGCUCAUGAAAAACUAGAUGUUCGAGAUUUAGCCUUGAAUUAUGAGGAGCUCAUAAAAAUCAAAGCAACUAACUGUGAAUUCAGAAUUGGACUAUUAUCCGAAGAGAAUAUCGCCGACUGGCUAAAAAUGUAUCAAAAUGGAGAAUGGCAACAUACAGUACUCAACUACUGUAUUGAUGUGAAUUUUUGGGCGUUUGAUUGUCACAAAUUGUGGAGACUUCUUGGAUCGUCAGAGAAGGAUCUGUGAGUUAAUUCUGAAAUCCCGUUUGUUUUAAGUCAAAAAUUUUUCAGCAAUAAAUACCUUGCAAUUCGAACCAGAGCAAAUCGCAGGAAAAUGUUGCAUUUGAAAUUUUCGCAAGGAUUUUUGCAGUUGAGAAAUCUUACCGCCGAAUUUUUCGGAAAUAAUCGAUAA